CAUCAUUACUCUUGUCAUCUAGUUAUAGAUUGCUUAAUGGAAUCUACUAGUGAAAUGGCUUCUUCUCUUACAGCCAUUGUCGAACCUUUGACGAUGUUUAUUGUAGUCAGAAAAGAUCUUUCAAAGACCUUGAAAUGGCCAACUGGCAGUGUAAUUGCUCAGGCUUGUCAUGCUUCUACAGCUGUAUUACAUACUACACGCGAUGAACCAAAUACAAAGGAAUAUCUCAAAGAUCUCCAUUCAAUGCAUAAAGUAGUGCUCGAGACAAAAAACUUGGAUUCUCUCGAAAAACUAGUGACAGCACUUGAACCUCAUCAAAUCCCAUUGUUAAAAUGGACUGAGCAACCAGAGAACAUCGUCACUGCAUUUGCAACAUCUCCAAUUCGUGGAAGAAGUCCAGAAGUCAAGGACAUCUUUAAGAAGUAUUGUUCUCUGUACAGAUAAAAAACGGCAAUAAUAGAAUAAGAAAUUCCCCUCCAUUCUUCAAUUCUGCAAUUCUGCAAUUCUUGGAUCAAUUAAUCAAUUAUAUCUGUAUUUGUAUGUCAGUGUACAUGAGCAUGUAUUGAAUAAUAGAUAAAGUAUCCUUGAUAUUCUUAUAGAAAUGU